ACGUAGUUGUUCCUACAAGUGUGUAUUUGCGGCAUAGCAGCUGCUGUUUGUCAGAAUUGGUUUCGUCCCAACUAUUCUGUUUUUACACGGCAGCGUGAUCAAUUUAUUUAUUUCCAGACCUGAGAGGUGUUUCUAGUGGCGGGGGACUACUACAACCUGUGUGAGUCGUCAUUUACUCUUUUAGUCCGGACAUUUAGUGCAAUAGUAGUUCGUGAUUGACUAUCGCACGCAUUAUGUUUAAAGUGCAAUUAUUACAGCACUGGUGAAUCGACAGCAUUCGAAAGAUGAGUUAAUGUGUGAUAUUGUCUUACUCUACACCAGUACUCCACUAAUACAAGAAGAUGGAUACGAAAUGUUUACUCUGGAUAUUACUAUUACUAGCAACUACAAACACGAUAAAUGCUGCAAAAAUAUUAGCCAUCACGCCAAUAGCAGCAGCCAGUCACUGGAAUGUUAUGAGCUCAGUGCUGGAAGUACUAUUAAAUCGGGGCCACACGAUUACUGUAGUGUCGCCAUUUCCAAGGAAGAUACCACACGAGAAUUACACUCAAAUCGACGUAUCUAAACUAGUUCCGUUUGCAAUAGCAUCACCUUGGGAAACGGUGGUCGGUGUGUACAAGCCCCCUACGAGAUGUCUGAAAUUCCUAAAUGACGUUCAACAGCACAUGUGCCGCACAGCAUUCAACCACCCUGACCUCCAGCUUGCACUACAAACGCAGCACUACGAUCUCGUAAUCACGGAGUUGCUUGCCUCCCGAUGCGACUUGUACUUGGCCAGCAGCCUGGGUGUACCACACGUGGCCAUCAUGUCCAGUCAGAUGCUUACCUGGUACCAGGAUUCGUUCGACAGCCCGUCGAACCCGUCGUACAUUACGACCCUGAACUCACCGUACCCAAAGCCGGAGACAUUCGUCCAACGGUUUUGGAACGUCGUCGACUAUGUGACCAUUUUCUUGUACUUUAAGCACAUCGACAAUGCGGCCACGGAGAUGGGUCGUCAAUAUUUCGGCGACGGCAGGCCGCACGCUGAGGCAUUACUCCGUAACGUAUCAAUGGUGUUCCUCAACACGCAUUCGAACUUCGACUUGUCCAAACCGUUGGCGACCAAUUUCAAAGAAAUCGGAGGCAUACACUUAAAACCACCCAAACCAUUACCCACCGACCUGCAGGAAUUUAUCGACAGCUCCGAACAUGGCGUAAUAUAUUUCAGUUUGGGGUCCGUGGUCAGGAUGGAAGAUUUACCAAUUGCCAUACAGCACGGACUCACAGAAGGAUUCGGAGAAUUAUCGCAAAACAUUUUAUGGAAGUUAGAGUCAGAUCGGCCAAUUAUCAAUCUGCCCAAAAAUGUAAUAACAAGAAAAUGGUUUCCUCAGUAUGAUAUUAUAAGACAUCCAAAUGUAAAACUUUUUAUCACACACGGUGGUAAUUCUGGAGUUAUUGAAGCGACUAGCGCAGGCAUUCCGGUACUAGGCUUUCCUAUAUUUUUUGACCAGCCAAGAAAUUUGGAACUAUUCAAACACUGGGGUUCAGGCUUGUUUGUAAACUACGAUAAUUUCACAAAAGAAGACUUUGUAUGCAAGAUUAAACGGAUUCUAAGUGAUCAAAAAUUCAAAGACAAUGCUGUGGAUUUAUCACACCGUUUUCACGAUCGUCCUCUCAAUCCUAAAGACACAGUAGCCUAUUGGACAGAGUACGUGUUGCGACACGACGGCGCACACCAUCUGAAAUCACAGGCCGUAAAUACUAAAUGGCAUCAGUACUUCUCGUUGGACUUUCUUGUUAUAACCUCCGUCAUUAUAAUAUCGUUAUUAUAUUUCUUUUACAAUGUUAUUUCAAUCGUUUUAAAAUGAAUAUCGUCAAAUGCAUCAAUAACAUAUAGGAUAGUUGCUCGUUUUUAUGUUUUCUGUUAAAAUCCAUAGUAUAGCAUGGAUCCAUCUCCUUUAUUCCAUCUCACUAUUAAAUUUGCUUGAAACACAAUAUUUUAUGCUACUGUUAAUUGUAAACUUUCUUCAAAUAAAUAUCAACCGUAUUUGUAGCUCUACAAACUUUUACAGUUUUUGGUUAGAUUUUUUAAGAGGAAAAAAAUUCAAAAAUGUUACCGAAUUAAAAUUUGUAAAACCUUUGGC